UCAUCCUACCGUGCCAUCCGAUAUAUAAGUAUGAUGGUUUGGCCAUCGGAAGGCAUUUAGUUUUCGUUUCUCACCACCAUCACAAAGACUCUACAGAUCUAACCAUCUCACUCUUUCCAUACACUCCUUCAGAGCUGUGCUCGUUGUUCACUUCACUCUUUUAACGAUCUCAUCGAACUUUCGAGCUGUGCUCAUAUUCAACUUAAUAUUUUAAUAUCGACAUUCGAUCUUUAACAUCUCAUUCAAAAUGAAGGCCUCAACCAUCUUCGUCAGCGCUCUCGCUGCUGUUGCCAGUGCUGCCCCUACCACCACGACCCCUGAGAAGCGCACUUCUAUCGAUCUGGGCGCUUUCAACCAGUUCGGUUUCGUGAAUCAGGACCUGCAGUACCUCAACGCCCUCAACUUGUUCGACUUCCAGGCAUUCGCUCAACUGGCGUCCUUCAACAAUCUCAACAUCGGCGGCUUCCAGAACAUCUUCAACAACAAUGUCUUUGACAUCAACGCUUUGCUUCAGCUACAGCAGAUCGCUCUCCUGUCUCAGCUUGGCGGCCUCGGUGUCUUCAGCAACUUCGACCUGUCAACCCUCCAACUAGGCGGUCUCAACUUAGGCCUCGUGAGCGGUAUUGGCGGUUUCGAUGUCGGCAGUCUCAUUGACGCCAGCCUGGUCCCCCAAAUUCAAGCUAUUAUCCAGCAGGCGCAGUUCUCCACUGUGAUCAUCUAGAUUUGGAUAAGGGUAGAUACCUAGUAGAGUAGGAGAUCGAUGAUCUCGACUCUUUCUCCAUCGGGGGUUUCCGGUGCAAGGUUUCCUUCUCCGCAGGCGGGUGUUAAUGGAAAAUAGCAGGGGGGUUUGGUUAGAAGUUGCAUGGGUCGGCUCAUUUUGAGAGGGACGAUGGGAUAGAACAAUUUGCCUUAGGUGGUAGUUAGUAUACGAUGAGCUUUCUUCGAAUAUACUAUCU